AUGGCAGGCCCCUUUCUAGACUCUCGUGAUACUAGUGGAUCAGAUUUAAUUUCUGCUCUUCGUCUUUCUCAACAAGCCCCUACGAUCCUACGCCUUGGGUCUGGAACCAAGUCGGCAUCAGCCCCUGACACCGCGGAGGAAUAUGGACGGAUAGAACGACUUUUCAUGGCCUGCCUCCGUACUGGAGAUGAUGAAUCUGCAGAGGCAUGCCUUGAACGCCUGACUCGCCGAUUCGGUCCAGCGAAUGAGCGCGUCAUGGGCCUCCGAGGUCUGUACGAAGAGGCCAUUGCCAAGGACCACUCGGCCCUGGAGGAGUGCUUGCAAGGAUACGAAAAAACUCUCUCAGAUAAUCCAGUCAAUGUGCCUAUUUUGAAGCGCCGAGUGGCUCUAUUGCGCUCGCUUAACAGGUCCUCCGAUGCGAUCACCGCGCUGAUCCAGCUCCUCGAUGCUAUUCCUACCGAUGCGGAAGCCUGGUGUGAACUUGCCGAUCUCUACCAGUCCGAAGGGUUGAGCUCCCAGGCAACCUUCAGCCUGGAGGAGGCCUUACUGAUCGCCCCCAAUGCUUGGAAUAUCCAUGCUCGGCUCGGCGAGUUGCUCUAUGUAUGCGCUGCCACUCCUGAUGGGACCACAGCCCGGCUCCUGGGUAGGUCAGUCCAACACUUCUGCCGGAGCAUUGAGCUUUGCGACGAUUACUUGCGGGGAUGCUAUGGAUUGAUUUUGGCGUCAUCACGAAUGCUUGAACAUACAGAUGGAUCUUUGGAUCCAUCGCUCCCCACCAAGAAAACCUUGACUCAACUCAAGACUUUUGCACUGCAAAAGCUAGCCGAGAUUGUCAAGGCCCGAUCAGUCGAUGAGGAGAAUUGGGCGUCGAGUCGAAGUGAACUCAUUGCGGCCAAAGAGUUGCUCAAUCGCUUCGAACAGUAG